AUGCGGCAAUCCAUGUCUCCUUUCUUCGCUGCGGCGUUGGCAUUUACCGCUGUCCAUGCUCUAGAGAGUAACAACUUCCCAGCUCUCAGUCCUUUGCAACAACCAGAAGCUAUGAAUGCCACUGAAAAACCGACAGGACCACUUCCUUGGGGAAACGUCAACUUCCUACAUACGUCAGAUAGCCACGGAUGGAUGGAUGGCCAUCAUAAUGUCCCCAGCUGGGGAGGGGACUGGGGAGACUUGGUCUCUUUUACUGCACGAAUGAGGGAGCUGGCGGUCCAGAAGAAAGUUGAUCUGUUAGUUAUUGAUACAGGUGACUUACACGAGGGAAAUGGUCUCAGCGAUAGCACAGAUCCCAAGGGCGCUGUUUCAGACACCAUCUUCAAAAAAAUCGACUACGAUCUAUUGACAAUCGGUAACCAUGGUGUCCGCAGUGGUGCGGAGGCUCUCAAUAUCAGAGCAAACAUUUCAUCAUACUACGGAGAACGAUACCUCACCAGCAACAUGGAUGUGAAAACAGACGUUGGAUGGGAAUCCAUCGGCCACCGGUAUCGCUCUUUCAUGACGAAGAAUGGGCUCCGAAUCGUUGCAUUCGGAGUGACUACAAAUGAUACCUUUCAGCGAGACACGAAGAGUACACUGUACUACAGUGCCGCUGAAAUGGUCGGAAAGGGUUGGUUCAAGAAAGCCAUGAAUAUUCAUGCUGAUCUGUAUGUGAUUCUGGGACACUCUCCGACCUACGAACCAUGCAAGUCCAUGGCAACUGGAAGCCCCCUGGUUUGCCUGCGUGAUUAUAUCCGGAGUUUGAAGUCUAAUACCCCCAUUCAAGUAUUUGGUGGCCAUGCACACAACCGAAACUUUACAUGUUACGAUGAUAAGUCCUCUGGCAUCGAAUCGGGGAAAUAUGGCGAUACAGUGGGCUGGGUAGCUUUGAAUAAGGUCUCUUCAUCCACAUGGAAUGGAACUUCGAUUUCGAUACUGCAGGACGAUUCCCGACCGAAGAAGAGUUGCAACCAGUCUCGGGACUUCUUCUUAGACCGCCGAUACCUUGAUUGGAACCGUCUGACAUUCGCUUAUCACUCAGUUGGCCUCGAUAAUAACACGUCCAACGUCCCGGCAGCCCGCUUCGACACCCCGCUAGGACUCAAUACCUCACGCGCCAUCCACGAUACUCGCCUCAACCUGAAUCUGACCCAAUUUCUUGGCUGCGCCACAAGAAAAUACUGCUAUAAUUGUAAGAAUGCCUCAGACGACGGCAACAUAUACAAGCUCUUCAAAGCCGCCCUAGCGAACACUGUUGUCAAUGAAUCGCGGAGGCAGAACCCUCGAAUCAUUCUUGCCAAUGAAGGGUCUAUUCGUGAUCAUAUCUAUAAGGGACCAUUCUAUCGAGGUGAUGCUUAUGCUAUUGUGCCGUUUCCAAACACGUUUCAGUAUAUUGCGAAUAUUGCGUUUGAGCCGUUGGUUAAGGGCGUUCUGAAGAAUCUAUCAAUACCAUAUCCAGCGCCGGUUGAUGAGGAGGUGGUCUUCAUAAACGGAGAGAUGACCAAAGAUAUGGCAGGGKUCGGAGAAACUCGCUCAGAGCUUCGAAAAAGAUCUUUCACACAGCAGACACUGCUCUCAUCAUCUGAGAAUAAGGAGCGAGAACAGGCGGAACCCAGUCCCGGAUACACGACACAUGACGGCCUAGGCGACGACGGCGACGACACGAAACAUUCCAAGGUCAUAGAGAACAAGAGAUACCACAAGUAUUACUACGCCAAAGCCAAUUUCCCUUCACAGCAAGAAGAAGAUAGAGCUACUAAAGAUCCCGAUUUCGUUGAUCUCGUCUUCAUGUCUCAUAUGAAAACGAACGUGCUACAAGCCCUAGAAAGUAUAGGCUCGAACAAAUAUAGCGACGCAGAUGUGCAGUUAUACAUGCCCGAGACUUAUAAUAGCCGGUAUGUUCUUCCGGAUUAUAUUGAAAAGGCAUGGGAAAAGAAUUGUACCUAG